AAGGAAAUCAAAAGGAGGGGGAAGUGAAGCAAGAGGCACUGCUUCCUCGCAGCGCUCACAAUCUAAACACUGUCCGUGCGCAAUGGGUGAGUCUGCACCAUCGAAGGGACGUGGUCUCGUCUAACACUCGGCCCUCAUUGCACGAUGCUCCAGCUGAACGACGCCGUGGAGCCGGAGAGUGCGGGCGUCGCGAUCCUCCACCCUGCGGACACCGAGGAGGGGGUCGAGGUCGCCUUCACGCCGCCGGAGGCCGAGCGAAGCCUCGGACACGGAGCCUGCUGCCCCCCGUUACAAACGCUGACGCCUUUCCACGUGCACAACCCCACAAUGCAGGCGAAAGUGAAGGACUACUUCGUGUUCCGGCCAGGCACCAUUGAGCAGGCUGUGAGCGACAUCAGGACUGUGGCACUCCCUUCCGAGGAUGGAGAGGUGCUCAGCGUCUGGCUGCUGGCAGAAAUUGACCACUGGAACAAUGAGCGGGAGAGACUCGUGCUCAUAACUGAUAGGUCGCUGCUGGUGUGCAAGUACGACUUCCUCAACCUGUUGUGUCAGCAGGUCGUCAGGAUCUCUCUCAACGCUGUAGACACCCUCUCAGUGGGCGAGUUUGAGUUCCCACCCAAAUCCCUCAACAAGCGAGAGGGCUACGGGAUUCGUGUCCAGUGGGACAAACGUCCUCGGGCCUCGUUCUUGCACCGCUGGAACCCCUGGUCUACAGACAUGCCGUACGCCACCCUCGCAGAGCACCCCAUGGCCCACGCUGAUGAGAAGGUGGCCUCUCUCUGCCAGUUGGACAACUUCCGGACCCAGCUGGUGCAGGCAGUGAAGAAAGCCCACAGGGAGCACCCCAUCCCCGGUCGGGCUAACGGUGUCCUGAUCCUGGAGAGGCCCCUGCUCAUCGAGACCUAUCUCGGCAUCAUGUCCUUCAUCAACAACGAGGCCAAGUUGGGCUACUCCAUAACUCGCGGCAAGAUUGGCUUCUAAAAAUCAUCCGUUUCUCCAAAUUACAACCGAGCUCCACCCAUGUGUCUGUGUCACACUGCACUGUCUGAGAGAAGCCGUCGCUCCACUACGGUGUAAUGGCCAAUCUGUGUGUGUGUAAGUUGAGCCCGUGAGAUGUCCACACCUCCUCAAAUUGGUGUUAGACAAGCGGUCAGCCUACCGUCGGUAAAUAAUGCGCAGCACUGCAUGGAUUGUUCUAUGUUUUUAGUUUGUUUCUUUUAGUACCUUUCCUGCAAAGAGUUGCUCGUAGAACUGCCUUACCACAAGUAGGCCCGCACAUGUGGCAUGAGUUGGAGAGAAAGGAGAGAGCACAUUAAUUCAUCACUCCGAGCAUCUUGUAGUUUCAUGCUCCUCGCUUAACCACUGAAUGACAGACUGUCAAAAACAAUGACGUUUCGAUUUUGGUCGGGGGGGGGGGGGGGUAUUUCAGGGAUGUGCUUUGUUUGGGCUCGUUUCUACAGCAAAAAAAGAAAAAGGCUGCCCAGAGUAGAGCAGUGACAACUACAGUGAACCAAAACACCAGCCAAUAAUGUUCCAUAUUUGCUACGGUUUUAAAUGAAGGAUUGCAUUAUUCAGAUCACAGGGCCAUAGGGUAGCUUCGCAGAAUGGAAUAGCAGAUGAUGGAUCGAGGGAUUUAGUUUCAAGGAAAUCUUACAUGAUUAUUAUAAUAGAGGCUACAAACAGGAAAACUGUUUCUGGGCUCUGAGUUUUAGGCCCAAUUGUGUUACUUAUGGAAAACAGCAGCUGGAAUACACUGACUUCCUCUCUUAUUGGCCAGUGUUGUGUUCUCCAUGUUUACAUUUGCCUAUUCAUGUCUUUGCUCAGAGUAUGGAGCUCAUACACCACAUGAAGCGCUGCAUUAGCUAAACGUUCUAUGUUACAGAUGUUUCAUGCAACAUGAACUCAUAAGCCAUGUCUUUAUGUUUGUUCGUAAGUUGCCUUAAAGGUCCUUGGUCACUUUAGGCACACAUUGGCACUCGGCUGCAUUAAUCUCUGCAGUGGGAAUAAACAAUGAGUUACGAAAUGAAAUUCACGCAGACAAAGCUUUACAUAAUUUCUUCAACCACGUACUGUCUGUAUGAAUCUUGUGAAGAGGAUUUAGGUGUUUUUUUUCCUGAACUGCAUCCUAUAAUAUCAUUGUUGUGCUACCAAAGUUAACAGGACAUAUUUUCACGCUCAACAAUGCCAAUGAAUAAUUGUGUGGCAAAAUGUCCCGUUGUGGUCUUUGCAUUUUUCCUGCACGUUGCGUUUGCAUGGCAGAUGUUUUUUUGAAAGGAAUAUCUUGGAAUAGAUUUGUAAAUACUAAUUGGGUUUUAUUCAUCUGCUGUUAUUUUGUUGCAGUGAACUCACGAAUGCUUCCAGGAAAUAAAUAUUGCAUUGCCA